GUCGGGAGGAAAAUAAUCGGUGACGUUCCCCUCGCUUGCUUUUUGUAGGGCGGCGGGACUCUGCCUCAUUUGAUGGACGGCAAACAGCGAAUCAUAGCGCCCCGUGCGACAGCGCCGUCAACAGGUAGCCAAUCCGUAGCUCGGACCCGGCUGUCAAUCAACCCGGUACUGGUGAGUAGGCGGGACGUUCGCUCGGCUGUAGUUCCGUCAUCUCGCUCGUCUCCGAGGCUACAGGGGGCCAAUGUUGAUUUGGGCGAAUUCCCGUCGUUGCCGGACCUCGCCGAGGUUUAAUUUUUAAAGCUGGGUUCGGUAACGAGGGGCGACAGGCUUUCAGUUGGGGUUAUUGCAUCCCCGCCGUCGGUAUCAGCGUUUCUUGGGCUGGGGGAGAGGUGGGGAGCCGGGGGGCCUCGCUCGGAGGGGGCUGCAAGGAGGGACAGGAGAAGACUGGAUCCUCCGUGUUCAGGCCAACGGCGCCGAGGUCGGCCUGAGAGUCCAGUGAAGCCCCAAGGACCGAGACACCACAACGACAGCUCCCCGUGGAUUUAAGCUCGAUAUCGCUGGCUGGUUGUUGAUGACCGUGGACUGAGUGAGCCCGCUGCACUACCCCGUCUCGCCGUGGCACCGCAUCAGCAGCUGUCAGGCUAUCAAGGAUCAAGACCUCGCUCGGUAACGCUUGGUAACCGUUACAGCUGGAUUUAGGAAAUACCCUUCAGACCUAAUCGAGCUUAGACCGGCUUCAGAAGGCUGCAGGGCGGCCAAAAAGCCACGGAUUGCCCGUUGACAAGUUGUCAUCAUGGGCAACGCGCCCACGGCCAGGAAGGGCAGCGAGAUGGAAAGCGUCAAGGAGUUCCUUGCUAAAGCCAAAGAGGAUUUUCUCAAGAAGUGGGAGAACCCUGCACAGAACACUGCUUGCCUGGAGCAGUUUGAGAGGUUGAAAACCCUGGGCACAGGCUCAUUUGGCCGUGUGAUGCUGGUGAGGCACAGAGAAACGGGACAGCAUUAUGCCAUGAAGAUCCUCAACAAGCAGAAGGUGGUGAAGCUCAAGCAAAUAGAGCACACUCUGAAUGAGAAGCGGAUUCUUCAGGCUGUCAGCUUUCCUUUUCUGGUGCGGUUAGAGUACUCAUUCAAGGACAACACUAACCUCUACAUGGUGAUGGAAUAUGUACCAGGUGGAGAGAUGUUCUCCCAUCUACGGAGAAUUGGCAGAUUUAGUGAGCCUCACGCUCGGUUCUACGCUGCUCAGAUUGUCCUGACCUUUGAGUACCUGCACGCUUUGGACCUUAUCUACAGAGACCUGAAACCUGAAAACCUGCUCAUAGACCAACAGGGCUACAUACAGGUGACAGAUUUUGGCUUUGCAAAACGUGUAAAGGGCCGGACCUGGACACUGUGUGGUACCCCUGAAUAUCUGGCCCCAGAGAUUAUUCUCAGCAAGGGAUAUAACAAGGCAGUAGACUGGUGGGCGCUGGGCGUACUCGUCUACGAGAUGGCAGCAGGGUACCCGCCUUUCUUUGCUGACCAGCCCAUACAGAUCUAUGAAAAGAUCGUGUCAGGGAAGGUGCGUUUCCCAUCACACUUCAGUUCAGACCUGAAGGACCUGCUGAGGAACCUGUUACAGGUGGAUCUCACAAAACGUUACGGGAACCUCAAGAAUGGGGUCAACGACAUCAAGGGGCACAAGUGGUUUGCAACCACUGACUGGAUUGCCAUCUACCAGAAAAAGGUGGAGGCUCCCUUCGUCCCCAAGUUCAAAGGACCAGGCGACACCAGCAACUUUGACGACUACGAGGAGGAGGAGAUCCGCGUCUCCUUCACUGAGAAAUGUGCCAAGGAGUUUGCAGAGUUCUAGAGUUAGAGAGCGAGAGAGGAAGCAAGAAGGAAGUAGGGAGAGUCAAAGGUAGGCUGGUCAAGUGGGAGACGUAAGGAGAGAGUACUGUCUCCUGUCCAAUCACAAGCACCAGCUACAAAAAGAGGAAAACUGGGAUAGAGAAGGGAAAAAGAGCAAGGAGACUGAUAACCAGCAGUGUUGCCUUUUAUGUUGAGUUUCUGUUGUAUUUUAUUUAUUAUUCUGUCUUAUUUAUGGAUCCCUUUAUGAUGAAGGUGUGCUUCAGAUUCAUGGGUGUUGGGAACCCCCACUUGUUUAGAGUUGCCUCAAUGCAUUUUCCACCCAAGUUCUUCCCUGCUCUUUCUGUUGUUUCAGACAUCAUCAUAGAGAAAUCAGUCUGUCUGUUCAGGUCCGCUGCAAUCCGAUGGUCAUUACAUGAAGCUGUAAAAGUUGA